GCUUGAGAAAAAGAGCAAACUGAUUAGAUGAAAGCAGAAGGGCUAUUUUUGGAGGAAUAUGGAUAUGGGAUCGGUUAAAGAAACAGUGUAUAUGUAUAUGUAUAUAUGUUUGGUGUAUAUAUUGUGUAUAUAUGUGUAUGUGAGGGAGAGAAAAAGGUGUUGUAUGCGAAAUGGAAAAAGACUUAGAAUGCGUGCAGCUUCCACCAUUGGUGAAUUCAUUUGGAAUAUGGGAAAGGUUGGCGGAUCCUGUAAAAGGCAGGAAAUUAUGGGAUUACUCCUUCCCCCUCUUGGAAAUAUUUAUACUUCUUAUUUUCUUUUUCUGGCAAUUCAUUUAUUUCAUGUUCAAGCAUUUGGGAGUCUCCAAUUUCACCGCACAGAUGACAGCUGGUCUGUUGUUGAGCGUUGCAGUUCUUGACAAGGGCGGGGGGCUUAAAGAAAUUCUGUUCCCCAAGGACUACAGAGAAAACGUGAUUGGCACAAUGGGUACAUUUGGGUAUACAAUGUUCUGGUUUUUAAUGGGCGUGAAAAUGAAUUUAGGGUUAGUAGCAAGAACUGGAUGGAAAGCAUUGGCAAUCGGACUUUGUUCAGUUGCUGCAACAUUGGUUGUGUCUUUUGUGUUGUACGGUCACGAAUUAAAUGUAAAACAAGGUUUCAACUCACCCGCUGGCUUCAUAAUCUUUUUCCAAUGUGUUUCAGCAUUUCCAGUUAUUGCUUCUCUGAUCAUAGAUCUGAAAAUCCAAAACUCUGAACUGGGUCGACUUUGUCUUUCUGCAGUAUUUAUGAGUGAUCUUCUGGGUAUUUUUCUUACCUUGUUCCUUCACUUUAUUCAAAAUGGUAUUAACAACCCCGCACACGCAUCCAUAGAUGUUGUAGCUGUUCUCCUCUUUAUGAUUUUCACUGUAUCCGUCUGGCGUCCUGCUAUGUAUUGGAUUAUUAAACACACACCAGAAGGAAAGCCUGUUAAGACCAUAUACAUUUAUUUCGUUAUGGUUGCUGUUUUUGGUUCCGGCGCUUAUUGGGCAUUUUUUGAACAAUAUGUUCCUUUUGGUCCUUAUUUCUUGGGGUUAUUUCUUCCUGCUGGACCUCCUCUUGGCUCUGCAUUGAUCGAUAAGUUUGAGUGUCUUGUCACUGGCGGUUUGUUGCCUUUCUUUGUGGCUUCUUGUGCCAUGAAUACUAACCUCAGAACUGCUGCUGAGCUGGAAGGAUUGAAUAUCAUCCUUGUCACUGUUGCAGCUAAGUUUGUUGUAUGUCUUGUUUCUUGUCUGCUUUCCAAGAUGCCUUUGAGGGAUUCUAUUGCUUUCGCCUUUAUUGUCAAUUAUAAAGGCUAUAUUGAGCUCUCUGCCUAUUCUUAUGGACUCCAGAUAAAGAUUAUCAGAGAAGCACAUUUUUCCACAAUGACCCUUUACAUUUUGGUAAGCUCGUACAUCUUGCCUAUCUUGGUGAAGAUGGUGUAUGACCCCUCUAGAAAAUAUGCUGGUUACCAGAAAAGGGAUAUGACUCACUUGAAAACAAACUCAGAGCUAAGAAUCCUCGCCUGCAUCCACAGACCUGAUAACAUAGCCCCCAUGAUCAACCUCCUUGAAGCUUCAUGCCCAACAAAAGACAACCCUGUUGAUGUUUAUGUUCUUCAUCUUAUUGAGCUCGUUGGUCAGGCAUCUCCUAUCUUCAUCUCCCACCAAAUCCAAAAAAAGAAAGUUGGUACCAAGUCUUACUCAGAUAAUGUCAUCAUCUCCUUCAAUAAUUUCCAGAAAAAUUUCUGGGGUUUAGUCAGUGUAAGUACCUUCACUUCAAUCUCUUCCCUUGAACACAUGCAUGAGGAUACCUACGACAGAGAGGCUCUACCACUAGGCCAAGCGCAUGCUAAAGACUGCAGAUUGAAUUUGACUGUUAUUCGUAUUGUAUAUCAUCAGGAGUUGUUUUCGGAUUGGAACUCCAUGCUUGAUUCCUCACAUCUAAGAGAAUUCAAGCACAAUAGUAAUGGGCAAGGGUGUGGCAUGUACAUGGAGGAAACUGUGAAAGAUGCAUCACAGACUGCAGUGGUUCUUAGAUCAAUGGUAGAUUACUAUGAUCUGUUUAUUGUUGGGAAAGGAGGAGGGAUGGGAACUCCUUUUACAACAGGCCUUGACGAAUGGAACGAAUUUCCUGAGUUGGGUGUCAUCGGAGACUUGCUUUCACAACCAGAUCUUGAUAGCAGAGCUUCUGUCUUAAUAGUGCAACACCAAAAGCAAAGAUCAUAAUACACAUGCAUAUUGAGUUUCAUGUUUCUAAUCUUCUUCUUCUUCUUCCUUUUCUUCUUCUUCUAAGUGGAUCAUUGUUUUGGAAAUGUAAGUUACGUAGAAAAGUUUUUCAUGCUGGUAGUAUCUAGGUUAAAUUCCAGCUUUUAGGACAGCUUAAAUAUGGUUUAGUUAGUCGAUAGUAUGUCAUAUAUCAUUCAGUUUUGUAU